AUGGACCGGCCGAUGUCUUUCCACACAAUGAAGGCCUUAAUCAGGAGAGAAUUCCAGACCUCAAGGUACAACGAACUCAAAGCUCGAACAAAGGAGAAACAGUGGACAGUGGCACUCUCCGACAUACCCGACUGGCCAAGAAUCGAAGCCGUUGCUGAGUUUAUACUACGUACCGGACACGAUUGCUUGGCAAAACACCUUCACAGAUUGGGAGUAUACACUCAACCCACAUGCCCUCUAUGUAACCUACAUGAGGAAAUGGAGAAGACCCACCUGAUUCGGUGUCCAGCUCUAAAGACAAGGACGGAAAGCCAAAGAUACUGGGAAGCAAGAAGACAGCUAAUGAAUUGCUAUUAA